AUGAUAGGACACUACUUCUACGCAUCGGACAGGAACAGAACCACUUUGGAAACUUAUAUUGAACUUGGAUUUGUCGUGGCAAACUGCUUGAUUCUUUUGGCAACCUUUUUUGUUGGUAUUGCUGCUAAUGUUUUCGUAAUGCUAGCUGUAUACAAGCAAAAGAGUCUUCAGACCUCCAACAACGCCUUGGUGGUGAACUUGGCGGUCAUUGAUUUUCUCAGAUGCGUCAUCGACUGUCCAGUUUUGCUGACAAUCAUUUCGACUUUAAAUCAGAAAGGUCAUGUGAAUAAAAGUAUCAUUUGUGAUAUGCAAGUAGUCUCUUUUUCCUUCAGUUGUUGUAUUCAGUUACUAACGCUGGCUUGUAUAAGUGCGGAGAGAUACCAGGCCAUUUCACAACCCUUCAAAACUGCCCAAAGAAGAAAACGCAUAAUGGUGUGGAUCCCACUAACAUGGAUAAUCGCCAUUGUGGUUGCCCUAUUUUGCUUGAUUUUCCUGAAAGACUCCCCUGUUUACCUCAGAUGCCACGGAGUUGGGCAUGGAACACAUCAAGUAUCAUACGACAGAUAUGGUCUCUAUAUGGUCCUUCCUUUAUGGGCUGUUUGUUUCAGCAUCAUUAUCGCUUUCUACGCUCGUAUCUUCUUCCUGGUCAGAUCACACAACAGGAAGAUUUUCGAUAAAGGCAUCAUUUCUGUAAAGAAAGAGGAGAGCAAGAAAACAGAACUCAGUAUUAUCCAAAUGGAACCAAUGGGGAUGGAAGCUGCACAGAAAUCACCCAACAAAGAUACAGUGUCGGCUUUGUUGACCUCCAACCUCUCACAAUGCAUCUCUCCAGGCGCCGGGAAUGAAAAGGAAAACGCAUUGGAGGUAAUUGAAUUGGAACAGCCUUGUAAGAAAGCAAUACAGGAUGGAGGGAGAGCUUGUGAAAGUGUGAAGCCAAAGACUACAGGAACAGAUGGAGAUGUAAAGGACGGGGUUAAAAGCUCAGUCUCCAACUUGCAGCAAAUGUCGCACAAUCUGAACUCAGAAAAUCAAAAAGAAAAAGCACAAAAUGACAAACCGGUCUUGGAAAAUAACCUUGACGUUCAGACCGCUGCGCAAACAACCAGCCAAGAGCCAGUUUCAGAUGUAAAGAUGAAAGCUAGUGAUAGUGCAACAGUGGAUGCAGUAUCUCCAAUUACAAAAACAGAGGUGGGGAACCCAGUGGAGAACAUAGAGGGGGCGGUGUGCAUGAUGCCUUCAAAGUCAAACAGAGAAAGGGCCAACAAAAAGAAGGAGAGCAAGAUGGCCAAACGUGCCGGCUACAUCAUUGUCACCUUUCUGCUCUUCUGGCUGCCCAUCAUCAUCACCAUCAUCCUCAACUUUGCACUGCACAGAAAUAAGUAUAUUCAAAUUGCUGUGGUCCAUGACUUGGAGGUGCUGUCUGUGUCAGUGACCUGUGUUACCUCCCUCAGUAACCCCAUCAUAUACGCCGCUGUGAACCCGCAGUUUAGAGCUGAGUUUUACAGUUUAAAAACACAGUGGAGAACUUUCUGUAUU